AUGGGCGUCCCAAGCGGUAACUUCGACGGUCUCGAACGCCAACGGCUCGAACUAGAGAGCAAUAUCCUUCAACUGCAGCAAUCUCUCUACCACUGGCGGACCUGGGAGGCGGAAUAUGAUGGUUUGAAGGAAGAGAUCUGCGCCUUGGACGACGAUGCCACAACUGCCGACUUCCUGCGCGUCAGCCGCGAGUUUGACGGGGCCCUGGUCAACGAAGACGAAGUCCGAGUUAUGAUCGGUGAGAAGCAGGGCCUCAAACGGACCAGACAACAAGUUGCCGACAUCAUAUCGAGGCGCAUAGACUACGUGAGAGAUAAUGUGUCGUCCAUGGAAAAGCGGUUGCGUGCUGCGGAGAACAAGCUCAACGAACUCGACUCCGUUGAGCAGAUACCCGGGGAAGCCACGGCGGAUUUUCCCAUGAAGGAGAUUAUUGAAGAACUUGAUGAAGAUGGGGAAAUUAUUUCUAGCAAGACUACGAACCCUGGGGAGCAAGCCGCGGAUCUCUUGGAUAUUUUGGAGAAGGCCGGUGUCGACAACAUACCGGAUGUUCCGACGGCCACGGCUGAUUCCCAAGAAAUGUUACCCGAUUCUACCGCUGAAAGCAUCGAUGCAAAUGCGCAGGAGACGGAUAAACAGGCAGAUGAGUUGGCUAGAGCUCUGGAAUCCACGUCGCUUGAAAACAAGGAAGUGUCUGGAACGCCUGCGGAUGAGUCGGAUAUUGGGAAGCAGUCAGUCGAAGAGAAGGAGAUCCCAAUUGUGGACGUUGACGAGUCUCCAGAGGAUGCGCAGCUCCGCCGUGAAAUGCUACGAUACAGUCUCGAUGAGGUUGGUGCAGUUGUCGCCGAACUUGAGUUAGACGAGGAUGGGAGCGAAGUUUCAGUGGAUGAUACAUACGAAUUUGAUGAUUAUGGUGACGAUGAAGAGGAGGAGGAAGACGAAUAUGGGCGCAGUACCCGGUCAGUCCUAGACGAGGACUAUCACCAACAGAUGCGUGAGUUGGAGGCGAAAUUGAACGCUCGUGGUAUGUGGAAUGUAGGCAAAGACACCGCAUCUCUCCCCGAAAACAUUCAGGAAGAUCUCCAACAUGCGCAUAAGGUCAAGAUUGAUCGAGCGCCCGAUUCAGGCACUGAACCGGCUCCCAAGGCCAAGUCAAAGAAGAAGGUUGCGUUCGCUGAUGAUCUUGAUAUUGCGCCCGCCCCCAAACCUCUGGCUCCUGAAAGCAAAAAGGCCACUCCUAGAGAGAUUGAGGUUGCUGUUCUAUCGGAGUCUAUUGUGGAACGCACAAAACCGGUCGAAACUCCUUCUGCAACAAAUGAUGCUCCAAAGAAAACUUCCCGGUUCAGGUCUGCCCGCGGCCUGGUAGCAGCGAACACUGAUGGGCAGGCUACGUCCUCAGUUGGCAGCUCACAACCAGCUAAGCCUUCACGUAAAGCCGUUGUGACCCCGACGCCGUCACUACCUCUUUUCCCGGCGAGGCCUUCUGAACCGAAACCUUUCUCACAACCUAUCUCUGAUAUCAUAGAGAAGGCGCCUGCUCCCACCAAAUCUGAACGAAAGAUCCUCGCCGAUACCCUUGUAGAGCGGGACACCUCUGAAGGGACUGCCAGGGCACCAGAGCCGGAUGAACUUGACGAGGAACUCCACCGAAAAGAAAUCGCCACCGAGUUCUACAGGAUGAGGAACAGAAUGGCCAAACAAAGCGAGAACGCACUCGAAGAGGAACCAGAGAUGGUCCCGGUUGAGCCCGAGGAAGCGCCGAGACGAAUCAGCAAAUUCCGGGCCUCCCGGAUGGGAUAG